CGCAGCCGCGCGCGAGAUAACUGCUUCAGUGAGAUUGUGCUCGUUGCACCGCAAUACAACAAGCGUCCGAGAUACAUCAUUGAUAUAUACAUGUGUUAAAAUUUCAAAUCCAUAACUCGGCAAUCGCGCGCGACGCUUGCGAAUGAAAAAUGGAAAUUUUUCACUCCGAUCGCGCUUUUCAAAAUCGAACGGGUUCUCAUGGCUGGCACGGUUUAAAAAGAAUUCUCAUCGAUUGAGCAUUCGAUCGCGCUUGCUUUCGAUGGAUUUUGCUGACCAAACUUUCUAUAUAUAAUGUCGAGUUGAGAUCGUGCGUCGACGUUGGCGAUCCAGCAGAAAUCAACUCAAGAAAGACUGAAUAUACAAUACCAAAAAUGAUGAAUCGACGGCUAGUCCUUCUCGUGCUCCUGACGCUGUCGGGGCCGUUCGCGAUCGCGAGAGCCUACAACCUGAACGUCGAGAGCGCAAGACUGUUUGUCGACCCGUUCAAGGGUUCGUCGAGUCGGGCGAGCUACUUCGGCUUCUCCGUGGGUCUGUACGCGAGCUCGAGCGACGGCAAGGACGCGCUGCUCCUCGUCGGGGCUCCCCGGGCCAAUUCGUCGCGGCGCGUCACGGGCGAGCGCCGUGUGCUCGAGCCCGGCGCCGUCUACAAGUGUCCGAUCGACGCGACGAGGAACGAUCGGGGUUGCGACGAGUGGCAGCUCGACUCCGGCUACCAGGAGCAGCCGCUGCUGGGCGAUAAUUUCGAGCCGAAGCGCGACUACGCCUGGCUCGGGGCCAACAUCGCCGUCGCCAACGGCAGCGUUCCGAAAGUCGCGGUUUGCGCUCCCAGGUGGAAAAAGAGCUACAGACCGAGGCUCGCGGACGAGUACUGGUACAUGAGCGGCAUGUGCUACUCGGCGCACAUCAGCAGCCCGGAGGCCUUCAAUCGGCUGGACGUGGUCCGGCGCCACGUGCCGCUGCUCACCGGGGCGGGCGUCGACAUGGAGGUGAUCCAGGCCGGCGACAGCAACGUCUUCUACUACGGCAUGGGCCAGGCGGGCUUCUCGGCCCAUCUGAGCCCGGACCUCGGCGAUCUGGCCCUCGGGGCGCCCGGCAUCUUCCACUGGACCGGCUCGGCCGUGAUACUCAACGAGCGCGCUCAGCGCCGGCCCUUCGACUCGGCCGUCGUGCUCGACGUCGUCGACUCCUGGUACCUCGAGUUCAGCGAUCUGUUCGGCUACUCCAUGACGUCGGGUCGUUUUUACGAGCGCGGCCGACGUUACUACGCGUCCGGAGCGCCCAGAGGCGCCGAGCUCCGGGGCAAGGUGCUCGUCUACUCGUUUCCACGCUACAGCCAAGAGCCGAUGCAGCUGAAGCAGAUCUGGAAGGGCGAGCAGCAGGGCGAGUACUUCGGGGCGAGCCUGGCCUCGUGCGACGUCAACGGCGACCAGCGGGACGACCUGAUCGUCGGCGCGCCCCUCUGGAGCAGAGCCGAGGGCGGCGACGAGGGACGCGUUUACGCUUACGUUUCCCGAGGACAAUUUAACUUCGAGCUGCAGCGGAUCUCGGGCGAGGCGGCCUGGGCGCGCUUCGGCACGAGCGUGGCCUGCCUCGGCGACCUCGACCUCGACGGCUACGGCGACCUGGCCGUGGGCGCGCCCUACGAGGAGCAGGGCCGCGGCGCCGUCUACAUCUUCAACGGUGGCGCCCGCGGAGGACUGGAUCAGCGAGCGUCGCAGCGCAUAGCCGCGGCCGAUCUGUCGGCGGCGAUGCGCGGAUUCGGCGCGUCGAUCGGCCAGCCGAGGGACGUCGACGGCGACGGCUACCUGGACCUGGCCGUGGGCGCCUACCUGUCCGACCAGGCGGUGCUACUGCGUGCUCGGCCCGUGAUCGCGCUCCACGUGCAUCUGGUCAAGAACGACAAUUUCACCCUGCUGCAGAACUCGACGCACUUCGUCGCGGCCGUUUGCGCUCGCUACAGCGGCGUCAAUGUGCCCGAUACUCUGGAGAUCGUUCAGUAUUUGAAGAUCGACGACUACCAUAAAAGAGGCUCCGCGAGCGACCGGAAUUUUCUCAAUAAAUUCCCCAUCUCGAAAACACUGAAGAUUGGCGAUACCAAGUGUACCCCUUUCAAGAUUAGCUUGCGGCAAGACAAUCAGAACGUGAUCGACCCGAUCGAGAUCGGCGUCGAGGCGCGCAUCGACGAGCGCUCCUGCUCGAUCGGCGACUGUCCGAUCGUCAAUCGGCGCGCCUCGAGAAGCUCCGACAGUCUGAAGCUCGCCUACGUCCUCGACUGCGGCGCCGACAACGUCUGCCUGUCCGAUCUCAAGCUGCGGGUGAUCAGCGACCUGGCGGCCCCGGGCGACAAGUACGUGCUGGGCUCGCGCGACCAGGUACGGCUGCAGCUCAACGUGGAGAACACCCUGGAGCCGGCCUACGGCGCUCAGGUGCAGCUGCUGAUCCCGCGGCCCAUCGAGCUGGCCAGGAUACCCUCCGAGUGCGGCCAGAGACUCGGGCCGAACGGCUCGAUACACGUGCUCUGCAAUCUCGGCAAUCCCUUGCGACGUUUCAAACAACUGAAUUUGGAGUUGGACAUGGACUCGGUUAACAGUACCGACAAGUUCAAAGACAUCGAAAUCUUCUCGACGACUCAAAACCAAGAGUACGACCCAUCCAAUAAUAAUCAAACUCUGAGGAUUAAUUUCGAGAUAGACGCCGACGUAGCCCUCACCGGGCAGUCCUACGAGGAAACUUACUCCUACUUUCAGCAAGAUUUCGACGAGGAUAAAAUGAAAAAAUUUACGUUCGUCCACCUCUACGAGAUUUUGGCCUUCGGCAACACUCCGAUAAAUCAGAUGGAUUUUAACAUCAGUGUGCCAAUAACUUGGCGCGGUAUAGAGUUCGCAAAAGUCAGCCAGAUCCAAGUGUAUCUGGACGAGCGUUACUACGAUUGCGAGCGGACGACGAUCGAACGGAACGCCACCGAAGCGGGUAGCCGAGUUGGUCUCGAUCCGUCGAUCGUUGCCAAAGAACAAGCAAAAAGUCUGUUCGUCAAUUGUACAGACGGUCUAAUCGGCUGCGAGGAUUAUACCUGCAAAUUGGGCCCUUUCGAAACGAGGACUUCGGUAGCCAGGAUUAUUGUUAAAAUCGACGUAGAAAUAGCUCAAAUCGCUAACACGCAAACGAACGACGACGUGGAAGCGAUAAAUUUCGCGAGCAACGGUCACGCGCACAUAACAGUACCCAGUACCAACGUCGAACUGACCGAUCGACCGAAAGUGAAGUACGUCAACACGAUUUUUUCGAAGCGAUCGGAAAAUAAGUCGGUUGCUUUGUGGAUCAUCGUAUCGUCAGUAUUAAUGGGAGUCAUUUCGUUGGCUGCCUUGACUUCUAUACUUUACAAGCUGGGUUUUUUCAACAGAAAUCGACCAGCCCAAGAAUGAUUCACUAAGCGAGAAAAAUUGUGAUCAAUUUAACUGCCGUAUUCGGAAGUAAAUGUGAAAAAUUUACAUCCGUAUUAAGAACAUGAAAAAAAACACAAGUGGUGAAGCUUUUGAGUUAACUGAAACACCUUGGCUCCGUUAUAAAUCUAUCGCUUCGUUCUAUAUUACCAACUUUUACGUCUGAUCGGUAAAUGAAGAAUGCACAUAUCAAGGGGAUUUGCAGCAGAAGUUAGUUGAAUAAUUGGAAGCGGUGCAAGUAAAUUGACUGAUAAGUAAACUAAAUACAAAAAUGAAUAAACUAGCUGCCUUUCACAGCGACAAAUAUUCAUUUAUUACACGGAUUCGGAAACACCUAUAUUAAUGGUAAUAAUUGAAAUAAAUAUUGUUACUUUGAACAUCAGGUCUAAAGUACUAUGAACAAAAUGUUUAUAAUAAAUCUACUUAUUGUUUAUUAAUUUUAACUAUACAGAUUUAGUCAAUAAAGAUAUAUUACCUAUAAAACAUUUUAAAAAUAAUACUCUCCAUAAAAUUUUAUAUUACAUUACACUACUAUCGAUUUAUGUACAAACUUUACAAAAUAUUAAAUUUUAUAAAAUAAUCGCUUAA